ACACCCGGUGCGAAUGCGGAAGUGUAUUCAAAGUGAAUGCACGACUUUCCACAUGGUGAAAAUGGCUGCGGGUGGGGAAAAACAACAGGGCCACAGACCCGGCAUUUACAAGCAGAAAAACAAAGGCCACAAACAUGGCAGGCAUCGGACGAAAGGAGAAAUCGAGCGAGAAAACAAAGGCAGAGUGUCAGUGAUGACUCUCACCAAAAAACAGAGGAAGGAGCAAAACAAGAUGGACAGAAGACACAAAGCCAACCAAUUACGCAGGAACAAGAAGGAUAUGGUUCUGACAGAGAAGCGACGUCUCGGCAGCAGGGAUGGUCCCCCUCACUUGGUGGCCGUGGUGGCCCUACAUGCUGGGGUUGAUGCUGUGGCUGUCACCAAGUUACUACGAGAGGAGGGUGCAGGGGGUCUCGUACAGCAGGAGCAGUGCAUCAGUGGUGUCAGUGACAGUUUUGGACUGGUUAUGCCUCGUUUUAAACAAAGGCUUAUCUUCCUGCGUCCCAACACGGCCGACUUGCACUCCCUGCUGGAUGUGGCAAAGAUUGCGGACAGCCUCGUGUUUGUGCUGGACUCCACUGAAGGUUGGGACAGCUAUGGAGACUACUGCCUCUCUUGUCUCUUUGCCCAGGGUCUCCCCAGCCAUGCGCUUGUGUGCCAGGGUGUUUCUGACAUAGCCGUGAAGAAGAGGAUCGAGUCCCGGCGAGCUCUGUCAAAGAUCACCGAGGUCCGUUUCCCUGAUUCUCGUCUCUUCCCUCUGGACUCGGAGCAGGAUGCCACCCUGCUUCUCAGACACCUGAGCACUCAGAGACAGAGGAAGCUGGGUUUCCGCUCCAGACGCGCUCAUCUCUUGGCUCAGCAUGUCACGUUCACCCCCAACAGCUCUGGCGAGGGGACGGGUGGUGCGCCCACUGGCUUAGGGACCCUCCGCGUCUCUGGGUAUAUCCGUGGCUGCCCUCUCCAGGUCGAUAGACUGGUGCACAUUAGUGGACAUGGAGACUUUCAGCUCAGUCAGAUUGAUGCUCCAGCAGACCCUCUUCCCCUCAACUUAACAACACCCAGACCAGCAAAGCAUGGCAAAGGAGGAGACGUUGACAUGGUGGACGGUGCUGAGGAGGAGGAGGCUCCAGUGCGGGUGCUGAUGAAGGCAGACCUGUCCCGCAGGGAGAGCCUGCAGGCCGAGGCUGAGGUGGACCCCAUGGACGGAGAGCAGACUUGGCCCACAGACACAGAACUGCAAGAGGCUGAAGAGGCCAGAAAGAACAGACGAGUAAUGAAGGUUCCCAAAGGCACAUCAGACUACCAGGCCACGUGGAUUGUGGAUGACAACGAGGAGGAGGAGGACGACGGUGAGGAGGAUGAAGAAAGCUGUGACGACGACGACGACGAAAUGAUGGACGAGGCCAUGGAUGGAGAGGAUGACGAGAACGGCUCCCAGGAGCCUGGCUCAGGCUGUGCCUCAGAGGAAGAAGAGGAGGAGGAAGAGGAGGAAGAGCUGUGUUCCUCAGAGCGAACUGGAGCAGACCAGCGCUAUGAUGAGCACAUGGACGAGGCUGAAGAACGAGAGGGUUUGAAAGGUUACCGUGAGGCUCGGGCUAACGAAAUGUUCCCUGACGAGGUGGAUACACCCAUCGACACACCGGCUAAAGUCAGGUUCCAGCGCUACAGGGGUCUAAAGAGUUUCCGCUCCUCCCCUUGGGACCCCAUGGAGAACCUACCUCUCAACUACUCGCGCAUCUUCCAGUUCCAGAGCUUUGAGCGCACCCGCAGGCGCGUGCUGGCUGAGGCGGCGCAGGAGGAGGAGGGAGCCAUGGUGGGCUGGUAUGUUACCCUGCACAUCAUUGAUGUGCCCGUCUCUGUCAUGGAGAGCGUGCAGUCAGGCACACCUCUGGUGCUGGUGUCCCUCUUGCCCCAUGAACAGAAGAUGUCAGUGAUGCACCUCUUGGUCAGGAGACACCCCGGCAACACGGAGCCUAUCAAAUCUAAAGAGGAGCUUGUGUUCCACUGUGGAUUUCGACGGUUUAGAGCCUCUCCCAUCUUCUCGCAGCACACCUCAGGUGACAAGCAUAAGAUGGAGCGCUUCCUUCGACCAGAUGCUCCAACUGUGGUGUCGAUUUACGCCCCCAUCACCUUUCCCACUGCGGGGGUACUGCUCUUCAAACAGAGGGGUGAUGGCAGGCAGGACCUGGUGGCCACAGGCAGUCUGCUCAGUUGCGACCCCCGGCGUGUUGUGCUGAAGAGGAUUGUACUGAGCGGACACCCCUUCAAAAUAAACCGCCGCUCUGCCGUUGUCCGCUACAUGUUCUUCAACAGGGAUGAUAUCAUGUGGUUCAAGCCAGUCGAGCUGCGGACCAAGUGGGGUCGGAGAGGUCAUAUCAAGGAGGCUUUAGGAACUCAUGGUCACAUGAAGUGUGUUUUUGAUAAUCAGCUGCGCUCUCAAGAUACUGUCUUGAUGAAUUUAUACAAGAGAGUGUAUCCUCGCUGGACAUAUGACCCGUAUGUGCCCUUGCCCUUACUGUGGAUCAAGAGGGAAGACCCUGAGGAAAUGGAGGACUUGGACAUGGAAUAGUAGAGAGAAGAGCAAUGCAAGACUCAAAACACAUGAACAAAAGUGCUUUCAGUGGAUGUGUGCACGUGACAACGUCACAAUCUGUAAUGUGUAUUAAAUAAAACUAUUUUGAUCCUGAUUACACUCUGUCUUCU